UGUAUAUUGUUAUGGCGGAAAGCAAUAAAGACGAUGAGCUUAAUCGAAUAGUGAGAGCAGUAAUAGGAGAGUUGAACAAUCAUGCAAACAACGCUAAAGUGGAGCAGACCUCUUCUCACUCAACAAGUAACAGAAGUACAGAAGAGGAAAUAUAUAAAGCCUUUCAAAUUCCUAGAGCAACAAGUACUAGUUUGACUUCGAGUUCAAAUAGCUACAGCCAGCUGCCAUUGUCAUCGCAAUAUUCGGCCAGUACCAACUAUAGCACUAAAACUAGUAGUAAUAGUAGCCGUAAAAGGGGAAAGGAAACAAUGCGGGCGGCUAGUGGUCGUUUCACUAAAAAAAGCCUUGGUAAAGAAGCCACUGUCUCAGCACCCAUCAUAAAAGAUGUUUGCCUUUUGCCUACUCCUACUUGGGAUGACGUACCCAGACGGAAAGUGAAAGCCCAGCUCGUUCGGGCAGGGUUAUUCGUCGAUGCAUGGCCUUUCUAUGUGCAUCUCGGAGAAGUGCAACUGCGAGAAGAAUUAAGACAUGCUUUUUCGGAGCACCUGUGGCAAGAAGAAGAAGAAGUAGGAUUUGAAUUUGUGAGGUCUAUUGGAGUGAGAUUGUACCCAUAA